AUGUCUGCGAAUAUCUCUGACUUGUCGCUCACUAUAAUCCCGGAAGGCCGCUGGAAUAAUUUUAGCGAUGGUAAGUCUUAUCGAGAGUUGAUCGAUGACGGUGCACCAGCAUCAGGGGAUGGAUACUUCGACGGCUUCUACUACAACUCACAGAAGCAAAUCAAGGAAAAGGCCCAGCUUGUGAAGACGAGACGCCUAGAUGGCCUCACCAUAUUUUACCCUGUCCUCGAUCUCCCCGCUACUAAUGCAUCCUCUCUGCUGCAUGCAGCCGUUUCUGGAUAG